AUGGCUGUUUCUACCGAGUAUUUGCUUUCGAUCGAGUCGGUUCGAGAGACCAAUUCGUCGACCAAGACGCUGCUGUUUGAUAACAAGCUCACCAACUUCGACGUGGACCUGUCCAAGCUGUCGGAAACGGUUGAUUUUGUCGUCUCCACUAUCAAGUCGUCUUUCCCCACAAACGAGAGUUUUCUCACGAUCCCGGUCCAUGGGAGAUACCAGCACUUUGAGUGCGGAAACACUCCGCGACUCACCAAGUUCAUCCAGACCCAGUUGGCCGGCCAGGACGAUUACGAAAUUUGCAAGAAGCUUAUCGAUCUGUUUAUCGUGAGUGUGCUUCUGGACGCCGGAGCGGGCAACCAGUGGUCGUUUGACGAGGACGGCACCAAAAUCGGCAGAUCAGAGGGGAUCGCCGUGGCCAGUUUCCACAUGUUCCUCAACGGCGUGUUCAGCGACGGAGAUAGCUACGUGGUCAACGGGGCCAAACUCGCCAAGCUAUCCGCCCAGGAACUCAAGGACGGCCUGCAAGUGUCGGAGACGAACCCAAUCUCUGGGUUUGAAGGCCGUCUCAAGCUUCUCAACAAGUUGGGAACCACUCUCGUGGAAAAUAGCACCAUCUUUGGUGAAGACGCUCGACCAGGCAAUUUGGUGGACUUCGUCAAGACCAAGUCAACUGACAACACAAUCGACCUGCCUGUUCUAUGGAAGUGUCUCAUGGAGGGACUCAACCCGAUCUGGCCAACAGAAGGUCGUAUCAAGGUCGACGGCAAGUGUAUCGGCGACUCCUGGUACCUGCAGAGCAAGAUCCAGGAAGCACACGAAAAAUAUGGCGAUAAGGCUCCCGAGUCCGCCAAAGUGGUCACCUUCCACAAGCUCACGCAAUGGCUCACAUAUUCUUUGUUCUUGCCGCUGCAGAAGUUUGGCCACUUCACCAUCAAAAACGCUCAUUACAUGACAGGUCUGCCCGAGUACCGUAACGGGGGCCUGUUUGUGGACUUUGGAGUAUUGAAAGUGAAAGAGUCGAAACUGAAACAAGGAAUCGACUUUUCUAUCAAACAGGGUCUUAGCUCAACCAUCCCGCUGUACACGCCGGACGACGACCUCAUUGUCGAGUGGAGAUCUUCAACCAUUGUGCUACUCGACCACAUUUUGUCGCUGGUGAACGAUAAACUGGACGUUACCGGAACAAAAUACGAGCUCUCGUUGCCCCAGCUGAUCGAAGCCGGCUCCUGGAAGUCCGGUAGACUUGUUGCAGCCAAACUGCGGUCCAACGGGGGCCCACCCAUCGAGCUCUUUGCCGACGGCACCGUCUUCUAA